AUGAGUAGCGAUACGAGCCCCCCGGGGGGUUAUCGCUCUCCUCUACAGAUGGCCGCCUCUAUUCCAUCCAGUAUCGGUGAUGGGGGCAGGAAAAGCAGCUCGUCGCCGUUGCGCAGUUGCGGAAUGGCAGACGCGGCAUCCCUGUGGGACGAGACCCGUAGUGUGUCCAGCUCUGUCCGCUCCAUUCGUCGCCGUCGCGGCGGUGAAGUCAGCGGCGCCGGCGCUGCGGAGGGGAAGGACUGGACACAGGCAUUCAUGGACCUCGAGCAAAUGCGGAGGGAGAAUCAAGAACUCCUUCAAGGAUCGCUCCGCGGCGACCGCUCCGAGACUGGCUCCCUUCCCGACGACACGUUUGCCGGCUCUCACUCGGAGUCGUCCGCCAUAAGCUCCGUGCGACGGCGCCGACGUGGCGUGGCGGCAGGCGUCAGCGCCAGCGGGAGAAGAAUUGUGAGCUGCGCUACCUUUGAUAAGUCUUUGUCCGGCACUCCCGUCGUGGCAGAGUCCGUCACCGAUACCGCAGAGGCCGAGACCUCAGCAGCGGCACCGGCAUCGGCGGGAGAGGUGAACGGUCACAACCAUGGUAGCACAAGCGGCGCAGCCGAGGAACGACUCACCUCCUCUCCACCGACGGUCACCUACUCGUCCGCGGAUGCGAAUACGCAGAGCCAACUCGCGCUUCCAGAGCCGGGGCGCACCUCUGGGCUCCCGGACUGGCUAAAGCGGCCGACGGUCGAGGAGCGGCGAGCCUCUGUGGUGAAGGCUAGCGCGACUGCUCCGACGGCGGCGACUGAGGCAACGAAUAGAGGAGAGGUGUCCGUGUGCGAGCCGGCCCCUUCGUGGGUUUGUCCGCCCAUCGUCGAUACACCGGACGAGAAGCUGAACGAGACUGCAUGCCCCUCCUCGUUGGGAACAACACCGUCGACAGAUGCGAACCCACCAAUCUGCCAUUUCGCAUCGCCGAUACAGAAGGUGCACACCGACCCUGCCAGGGCAGGCGCACCGUCGCCGUCGCGUGGGUCACGCUCCAGAACUGCUGCGGCCAAUGCAAGCGCAGCCGCGCUGACUUCAGAAGCGCCUUCUCCAUCGUCAGUGACCGCAGCGGCCACUCUUGCCGGCGGCGCAGCAGCUGCUUUCCCUGCAAGGCGUGCGUCGCCUUCGUCCAGCGCCGCAUCGCAGCCGUCCGCACAGACCUACAUGACACGCCAAACGAAGACCACCGCGGCGGGCAUAGCACCGUCCUCGUCUCCGGGCGGAAACGCGCGCUUCUCGCCCACUCCCAUCAAGGCCGCCAUCUCACCCGUGUUAACUGCUUCUCCAGGUCCGCCUGCAGCCCCAACUGCGUUGGGGGCGGUCGACACUCCAUCAAAACCUUCGGCGGACGCGCCAGCUGCUGUUAAACCUGCUGUUAAGCAUGCCGAAGAGAAGCCCCGCGGCAGUGCGGCGGGCGCCUCGGUGCGCGUCGCCUUCGAAGACAAGUCGGUGUCGCCGGAGCCACGGCCACAGCUUCUGCCGGCUAAAGUCGAGGCUGGCCGCCAAGCCACAAUGGAGUCGAGAAAGGCACCAGCGCCGAGUAUGACGACAACCGUGGCGGAACCGCCGUCCCUCUGCAAUGCACUUGAGGCACCCAACGUGCCUGUCUCCCGAAAACGAACAGUUCUUCACGAUAGGGCAGCGAGUGCGAUGCGGACCUCGCGCGGCGCGGGACAGAAUAACGCCCUCUCCAGGCUGUCCGCUGAGGACGUCAUCCGGAAUGGUGAGAAGAGUCAGUCUGCCCCCCGCGUCGCCGCCUCCGUGCCGAGGCAGCGCAAGUCCUCCUUUCUGACCCGCCUCUCUCGCGAGGGGGCUGCGCUCGACCCCUCACAGCCGAAAAGUGGCUCUGGCCCGCUUACAGGUGCGGUCGGACUGCUCCACCGCACCACGGUCCUCACGGAGCUGCGACGCCAGGAAGUGCUGCGUGACCGUCUCGCACGGGAGCGCAAGGUUGCUGAGGAGACCCGUGUUCGACUCGCGGUUCUCAAGCAGUCAGAGGUGGGGAGGAUCAAUGUUUCCGGCGCACACGCUGUAGAGGUGGCAUCGUCGGUCCGUCCUGUAGCAGGCUCUGCUGAAGCCCGGUCAUCGUCGCCGCAUGACACGUCGCAGCACGUCUCGAAGGGCGGGCGGCGCUCGUCGGCGGUGACGCAGCCACGCAUGCCACACAAACGUGUCAUGCUGGUGAGUCCUUCGCUCACUGCAUCAGCGGUGCCGGAAAACGGUCUGCGUGCGUGGACGCAGAACCCUAGCCACCUAGGCGCGCAACGGUCCAGUGAGGCCGUCGGAGCCGCGUCUUCGAAAGUACACAGGACGAACACUAGCGUGUCAUCUCUGUUCGGUGCUAGCACCCCGGAGGCGGAUCGUGGCCACUGUUUACGUGGAGAGAGGCUGCAAAGAAGUUCAUCGCUCAGAGGUACUGAGGCCUUUGCGCACCUGCGGAAGCCGCUGGAAACCACCGCGCUCUCGGGAACCCAGUCCCACCUUUCGUCGGCGGCCGUACGCAAAGACUCGGCUGCUGCAGCGAACUCCAACAAUAGAAGUCCUGCCACAAACGGAGGUGUGCUUCGAGAACAGAAUUGGGUGAACACCAUGUCUGCCUCUCCGCAGCCGGCUUCAGCGGAGACGGAGAAAGUCUCGUCCGGACUGGCCAAAAAGGCAUGGCCUCAGGCCAAUGCUACCGCAUCUGUUGAGCCCGUCACCGCCACGACGGCGUCUCUGGCCCAGUCCGCACUGUCUAGGACUGCGCCCAGCUUGACGAACACCGGGCAACCGCGUCCCUUGCCGUUUUGCGCGGAAUGUGGCUAUCGUCACAUGGAUGACUUGGCCAAGUUCUGCGCUGUGUGUGGCCAAAGGCGCGCGUACCUCUUCUGCUAA